UCCAUCAACCUUUGAGAGUUACCAAGCAUAUAGAGUGUGAACAUAUAUAUUUUUUGGGUAUACACUUAAAAAUCAGAUAUCGACUAGAAGUGGUUGUUGAAGCAGUUUGGUUUUAUGACUCAUUGAAACCCAACGAUGCGGAGAGGCAACGCUGAUAGCUAGCAGAGGACAUGCUUCAUAGGUUAAGCAGACGCUGCUUUUGCACCGUUACUCCACGCCCUUGGCUUUUCGUGGGCUUGGGCAACCCUGGCGACAAGUUCAAAGGAACCAGACACAAUGUUGGCUUUGAGAUGAUUGAUGCAUUUGCGGAGUCACAGGGGAUUCCUAUGGACACUGUCCACUCCAAAGCUAUUUUUGGAAAAGGUUUUGUUGGUGAAGUUCCUGUUUUCCUUGCAAAGCCUCAAACUUACAUGAAUCUCAGUGGUGAAUCGACAGGACCACUGGCUGCUUAUUAUAAGCUACCUCUUAAUCAGGUGCUUGUGUUCCAUGAUGACAUGAACUUGCCCUGUGGGGUGCUUCGUCUUCACGACAAAGGGGGUCAUGGAAGUCACAAAGGGCUGAAGAGUGUGAUCUAUAACUUCAGAGGAAAUAGAGAAUUUCCUAGGCUGAGAAUUGGGAUUGGGAGUCCUCCUGGGCAAAUGGAUCCUAAAGCAUUUUUGCUUCAAAAGUUUAAUGUAACAGCUAGGCAACGAAUUGAUGAGGCUUUGCAAGAGGGGAUUGAUGCCUUGAAGCUCCUUUUAUCUAAAGGUUUGACAGAGAGUGCAAAAAGAUUCAAUAAAGAACAAAAGUAUAAGCACUUAAGAGUGCAGAAUUUACCAGUUUCAUAGGAUUCCAUGAUAGCAUGUUGCAUUAUAAGUAUGAUUAUGAUUAAUUCUUCACUUUUUAGGUUGCAAUACAUGUGUAAAACUUAGCGAUAGGAAAUUGGCUUAAUUUUGUAACAUUCCAGAGCUUGAUAUAGCUUUUAAAAUGGUUUAUGACCAAGUUUUUUCCAUCUUGAUUUGUUUUAAUUGGAUACUGUCUCUGUAAUGUGCAUUUUUCACACUCGAGUGCACACGGUUGGGAUAACUGAUCACGCAUUUAAGCAUUUGGAUA